GUCCACUGCGCAUGCGCUUUGCGCAGUGGACGCCAUGUUGGAGCAGGAGUGGGCUCGGGCUGCUAUUUUCUGACUCCAUAUGUUUUUUUUCUCCCUGACAAUUAUCCCAGUUCGUACAUAACGUCGUCGGCGUCCGUCAACAGCGCGCGUCGUCUGGCGCCCUGAGUGGCACUUGGCCAUGAUGAACGCCAGUGUCGACCUGUCCCGCCGCAAUCCGCAGGAGGAUUUCGAGCUGAUCCAGAGGAUAGGAAGCGGCACCUACGGAGAUGUGUACAAGGCUCGCAAUGUAAACACAGGAGAGCUGGCGGCUAUCAAAGUCAUCAAACUGGAGCCAGGGGAGGACUUUGCCGUUGUCCAGCAGGAGAUUCUGAUGAUGAAGGAUUGUAAACACUCCAACAUCGUGGCCUACUUUGGAAGCUAUCUCCGGCGAGACAAGUUAUGGAUCAGCAUGGAGUACUGCGGGGGAGGCUCUCUACAGGACAUCUAUCAUGUAACCGGGCCUUUGUUAGAGUCUCAAAUAGCCUACAUGUCACGGGAGACCCUGCAGGGUUUAUACUACCUUCACAAUAAAGGCAAAAUGCACAGAGACAUCAAGGGCGCCAACAUCCUCUUGACAGACAACGGCUACGUCAAACUCGCUGACUUUGGGGUAUCAGCGCAGAUCACAGCAACACUGGCCAAGAGGAAGUCAUUCAUUGGUACACCUUACUGGAUGGCUCCAGAGGUGGCGGCAGUGGAGAGGAAAGGAGGCUACAACCAGCUGUGUGAUAUCUGGGCCGUGGGCAUUACCGCAAUCGAGCUGGCCGAGCUGCAGCCACCCAUGUUUGAGCUGCAUCCCAUGAGGGCUCUUUUCUUAAUGACCAAGAGUAAUUUCCAGCCGCCUAAGUUGAAAGACAAGGUCAAAUGGACGGACAACUUUCACCAUUUUGUCAAAGUAGCCCUGACUAAGAACCCAAAGAAGAGGCCCACAGCUGAGAAGCUGCUACAGCACCCGUUUGUGUCUCAGCCCCUGAGCAGGACGCUGGCUAAAGAGCUGCUGGACCGAGCCAAAAAUCCCGACCACAAUAACUUCAACGACUUUGAUGACGACGACCCCGAACCGGAGUCUCCGGUGUCCGUCCCUCAUCGAAUUCGCUCAACCAGCAGAAGCACCCGGGAAGGAAAAACACUCUCUGAGAUCAACUGUGAGUUCAUACAAAAGUCAAUCAACGUAUACACGAUAAUCACGUUUGAAUUUUUACGACCA